GCGGAGCGCAGAGGUGCGGCGGGAGCCCGGCGCGCGGCGUCACCGGAGGCGGAGGGGGCGGAGCCGCGUUCUCAGCUGCCACCCCGCCGCCGGGCUCAGCAGACGACACCCGCCCGCCGCCGGGCACGCACCGCGCGCACACACUCUCCUAACAAUGCUCCCGGGCGCCCGGCCGGACGGCUGGCGACUCGGCGACCGACAGCGAGGCCGGGAGAGCGCGGCCCCGAGAUGAUCAGACCCUAAGCAGCGAUGCCCUUGUCCUCUGGCAGGGAGAUCUCUGAUCAGGCCGGUGUUCUUCCUUUCCAGGAAGCUGCUCUGUGACCCACAUCUGCCCCCCACAAGACCACGCCAGACAGCCGGGUGCAGGAUGAACCAGCGCAUCCCAAGAUGCACCAGACCAUCCGACUGAACCCCCAGAGCCCGAAAAUGUCCGCGUGCAGUGACUUUGUGGAGCAUAUCUGGAAGCCUGGGUCCUGUAAGAACUGCUUCUGCCUACGGAGCGACCACCAGCUGACGCCCGGCCACCCCCAGCCCAGAGCCGGUAGCCUGCCCCCACCUCCCCGCCUGCCCCCCAGGCCUGACGACUGCCGCCUGGAAGAUGAAGGUGUGAACAGCUCGCCCUACUCCAAGCCCACCAUCGCCGUGAAGCCCACCAUGCUGAGCUCUGAUGCCUCUGAUGUGUGGACAGAGGCGAACAUGAAUGGAGACGUCCCGCAGGUCCUCUGGAGACGGCCCUCCAGCAAGCUGGCCUUCCCAAAGCAGGAAGACAAGUCGAUGGUUUACCUGGGCAGCUUCCUCGGCAUUCAGAAGCCCCCCGGGCCCUCGGCCCCGGCAGAUGGCCACUCUCGAGGCCCGCCUACGUAUGCCACGGUCGGCCUGCACAGCCCGGAGCCCCUGGGGGAGCGGAACACCCCCUUCCACCCGCUGAGCUUCCCCGAAGAGAAGGCUGGGCGAGAGGAAAAGCCCACGUUUCCUUACCAAGAGCUGACUUCCACUCAGGAGAGCUUCCACCAGAAACAGGCUGCCUUUGGCGGGAUGACAUCUGGCUGUCACAAGGGCCCUGGGCUCCUGCCCUCACCACAGCCCCUGCGGGAGUCCCUGCCCUCGGAGGACGACAGCGACCAGAGGUGCUCCCCCUCUGGGGACAGCGAAGGGGGAGAAUAUUGCUCCAUCCUGGACUGCUGCUCCCUGGUCCCUGCAGCCCAGGACAGCUCACAGGCUGAGGGACCCCCGUGCAGAUCUGGCGGCAGGGAUUGCUCCCCCACAUGCUGGGAGCAGGGCACCUGUGUGGGGCCAGCUGAGGACAUGAAGCGGGUUUUGAGCCCCCCGAGGGAGUGCUGUAGCCAGGGCCCCGCAGAGAACCCAGCCCGUCUAGGUCCCAAGCAGCUGUCCCCUCCCUCGGAGGCGGCCAGUUCCUGCGAUGGCCUCUCCUGCGGGAGUGCCAGCAGCGGCACCAGCAGCCCCUUCCCUCCGCCUCUUGAGAACGAUUACUGCUCUCUCAUGAAGGAACCUGUGCAGGGGAAGCAGCAGGACGCUGGCUGCCACGUGGUGCCCUCCAGCAGGUGCUUUGGGCUAAACGGGGAGCCUCAGCCUCCAGCCCACCCCAGGGAGGCUGUGCAGCCUGAGCCCAUCUAUGCUGAGAGCACCAAGAGGAAGAAGGCGGUUCCAGCGCCUUCCAGGCCACAGGCCAAGGCACCACCGGCAGCAGCGGCCCCCGGCCACGGCCAUGUACGGACGGCUAACACCUGGGCUCAGAAAACCGCAUCUGGCUGGGGCCGGGACAGGGAAGGCUUGGAUAUGGCCCCGCAGGUGGCGGCCACCAUCACAGUCAUGGCGGCCCACCCGAAAGAGGACCACCGGACAAUCUACCUGAGCAGCCCCGACUCCGCGGUGGGGGUGCAGUGGCCGCGCCAGCCUGCGAGCCGGGACUCUGAGGCAGGUGACGAGGAGACUUCAGCGGGGCAGGGGAGGAGCCCCAGGGAGGGCCGCCGCCUGGACUCGAGUGAGAACAGCUCCCAGGGGAGGCCUGCCAUUCCCCCCAAGCUGUCCAGGAGUAGCCCCGGAGGGUCCCCCGUGUCGCCGUCAGCUUCGCCACUGGGAGACCUCAGCGAGGGGAGUUCGGGCGGUGGCACUGGGCCUCAGCCCUCAUCCAGGUGUCCCGCUGACUCUGCUUCUUCCUGCCGGGCCAACGGUGUGGCCAGCCGGGACCCUGUCAGGUGUCCCCCACCAGCCACCAGCACCUCCUCGGCCUUGGACCAGAGGCGGCCCCGGUACCAGACCGGGGCCUGGACCCGUCAGUGCCGAAUCGAGGAAGAGGAGGAGGUGGAGCAAGACUUGAUGAGUCAAAGCUGGGGGAGAGAGACGGAGACUGGCACCACGGACCCCUCAAACUCCUCCACCUGGCACCGCCUGUGCCCCCCAGACAGCUCCUCUGGGCAGAAGGACAAAGCUGGGACUGGGAUGAGCAAAUCGGCCUCUUUCGCCUUUGAGUUCCCCAAGGACAGAAAUGGGGUGGAGGCCUUCUCACCUCCUCCGCCACCUCCAAAGUCAAGGCACCUUUUAAAAAUGAACAAGAGCAGCUCUGAUCUGGAGAAAGCGAGCCAGGGCUCCGCGGAGAGCCUCAGCCCAUCCUUCCGCAGCGCCCACGUUAGCUUCACCACGGGUUCCACGGACAGCCUGGCCUCAGACUCCAGGACCUGCAGCGAUGGAGGCCCCUCGUCCGAGCCGACCCACUCGCCCACCAGCAGCGGGAAGAAGCUCUUUGCUCCUGUUCCUUUCCCUUCGGGCUCCACUGAGGACGUGUCCCCCAGCAGCCCCCUGCAGCCCCCGCCGCUCCCCCAGAAGAAGUUAGUGAGCCGGGCGGCCUCUUCGCCAGAUGGCUUCUUCUGGAACCAGGGCUCCCCCAAGCCGAGAACAGCGAGCCCCAAGCUGAACCUCAGCCACUCGGAAUCCAACGUCUGUGCGCGUGAGGAGCCCCACUUCGGCUUCUCCUCCAGCCCCGGGAACCGCCGCCAUCACCCCUUCUCCUCUUCGGAGCCUCUGGAGAAAACAUUCAAAGGCAAUGGCCACUGGGUCCCAGCGCCUGGGCUGGCAGGCAGCAGAAGUGGCAGCGCGAGCCCCAGCCUCCAGGGCAAAGGCGUCCCGUCGGCCUCCUCCUCCCAGCUGAGCGUGGCCAGCCAGGCCUCCACCGGCAGCACGCAGCUGCAGCUCCACAGCCUCCUGAGCAGCAUCAGCAGCAAGGAGGGCACCUACACCAAGCUGGUGGGGCUCUACGCCCAGUCCCUGGUCCGCCUCCUGGCCAAGUGUGAGGACCUCUUCAUGGGCGGCCAGAAAAAGGAGCUGCACUUCGAUGAGAAUAACUGGUCGCUCUUCAAGCUGACUUGCAACAAGCCCUGUUGUGACUCGGGGGAUGCCAUUUACUACUGCGCCACCUGCUCCGAGGACCCCGGCAGCACCUAUGCUGUGAAAAUCUGCAAGACCCCGGAGCCCAAAGUGGCCUCAUACUGCAGCCCCUCUGUGCCUGUGCACUUCAACAUCCAGCAGGACUGCGGCCACUUCGUGGCCUCCGUGCCCUCCAGCAUGCUCGCCUCUCCCGACGUGCCCAAGGACCCUCCGCCUGCGCAGGAGCAGGACUGCGUGGUGGUCAUCACCCGGGAGGUGCCCCACCAGACCGCCUCUGACUUUGUGCGGGACUCGGCCGGCAGCCACCAGUCCGAGCCCGAGGCCUACGAGCGGCGCGUGUGCUUCCUGCUUCUGCAGCUGUGCAACGGGCUGGAGCAUCUGAAGGAGCACGGGGUCAUCCACGGAGACCUGUGCCUGGAGAACCUGCUGCUGGUUCACUGCGCCCCCCAGGCCUCCCCCGGCCCCUCCACGGCCGCCUCCAGGCCCCGUGUCUCCUCCGCCCCCUCUGGCGCCCCUGCCUCCACCACAUCCCCUGCCUCCGCUGCCACUUCCUUCCCUUGCCCCUCUGCCACCCUCCCAGCCAGUGUCACCCCCAGCCCCCCAACCGCCCCCACCUGCCAGGGGCCGCCCAGUGAGAAGCACCUGCCCCGGCUCAUUAUCAGCAACUUCCUGAAGGCCACCACCAACCUGCAGCAGGUAAAGAGCCAGGCCCGGCUGGCCCCCGAGAUCGUGUCUGCCUCCCAGUACAGCAAGUCCGACGAGUUCCAAGCAGGCAUUCUCAUCUACGAGCUGCUCCACCAGCCCAACCCGUUCGAGGUGCGGGCCCAGCUGCGGGCCCAGCAGCGGGAGCAGGGCUACCGGCGGGAAGACCUGCCGCCCCUGCCCACCCUGUCCCUCUACUCGCGCGGCCUGCAGCAGCUCGCCCACCUGCUGCUGGAGGCCGACCCCAGCAAGCGCAUCCGCAUCAGCGAGGCCCGGCGGGUGCUGCAGUGCCUGCUGUGGGGGCCGCGGAGGGAUCUGGUGGAGCAGCGGGGCACCUCGGAGGAGGCGCUGUGCAGCACGCUGCACAACUGGAUCGACAUGAAGCGCGCCCUGAUGAUGAUGAAGUUCGCCGAGAAGGCCGUGGACCGCAGGCGCGGGGUGGAGCUGGAGGACUGGCUUUGCUGCCAGUACCUGGCGGCCGCAGAGCCCAGGGCGCUCUUACAGUCGCUCCGGCUCCUGCAGCUCCUGUGAGCCCCCAGCCCUGCACUUUAGCUGACCCCUCUGUUCCUGCCCCAGCCCCACGCCCUACUGCCUCAGAAACGUUCGUGUCUCCCUGGGAAAUGGUACAAAUGACUGCCACACUUGGAUGUAAUAUAUAUGUAUAUAUACACAUAUAAAUAAUAUAUAAAUAUGAAAGACUGAGGAUGUCGUUGCCUGCUCGGGCCUCCUUGGCUUCCCGAGUUGCCCCAGUUGUCUCCCGCUGUUCCAGCUCAGUGCACGGUCCCGGGGGGGCAGCCCCGCCCGAAGAAUGAAGCCUGGGCUCUGACUGGCUUCCCUGCCCCAUCAGGGGAUCGCUCCCCUUCCUGUCAAGUGUUUAUUUACAAAAAAACAAAAAAUGUCAUUAAAAAAUUUUGAUU